ACAUCGAAAAAGUCCGAAAUUCCUGAGUGAAACCAAAUAACGACACGUUUGUCGCCGAUCGCAACUUUCACUACACCAUCGACAUCAUGGCGACGCAAGACGCACCACAGCAGCAGGCCCCUAUGGAAGCUUCCGCUGAUGAGGUCAUCAGCAACCAGCCUGUUGCCGAGCCGCAGCCCGAUGUCGAACUGGGACUUCGUGGAGGAGAAGAGGCUGGUUGUGAACUUUGCUGCGGCCUCUGCGGCUGUGAGGAGUCCUGCUGUUAAGCUCUAGAAGGGAAUAGUGCGAGACACAAACUCAAGACCAAGAGAAUUGAAGUGUUUAAAGGUUUUUUUUA